UCUGGGUUGGGCAGUGAAUGGGGGAAGUACGGGUGCUACAGAAUUUGUGGGCUGCCAAUCGGGAUUUGCAAGCACAUCCGGAAGGAUACUACGGGCUCUACGGGCCUGUGUGCGAAUUCUUGGUGGUUGCGGGACAAUACUGGUGCUUGCCACCGCACCAGCUUAUACUGCACUUAUGGGACUCGCCACGCCGCAAAGUGAUACUACAGUGCUGGUAUGUGAAAGACCAGGAUGUACUAGACUGCUGGUGCUCGCCCAUUCACCAAAAGGUAGCAUGGCACUAGUACUGGCUGCAUAUGAGAGUCAUCA